AUAAUGAGUAAAAUGACAGUCAUCGUUGAAAUCCCCAUACUGCACUUAUUCAAAGUGAAAAUCUAUCGAUUCAUUUUUCUGUGUUUCGUUUUGUUUUUAAGGUUGUGAUACAAAAACCUUCUUUUACGCCCAGAAGCUCUGUGAUGAUUCAUUAGGGUUUGCAACUUCUUCUGUUAAGAUGGGAACACUUGUUACAGCCUCAAGCAUCCGUAAAUCCUCAAUUCAGCAUCAUCAUCUACAAUGGAGAAAUACUUCUUUAUUACCUAGUUGUGAGAUUUGUAAUCGGCUGUUGUUUCCAAGGAAGAUGUUGCACUUGCAUACAUUGGUAAGAUCUUUUGCUGGUAAAAAGUCAGUAAAGAAAUUGAGAAGGGAUGGAAAAGAAGGCAAAAUGAAAAAGGAAGAACUUAAGAGGGAUUUUGCCGAUGAAUCUGAUUUUGUUUCUGGUAAUAAUAUUGGAGUAGAAUUAACUAACGAUAACGUUGUUAUGAAGAGUGCACUUCCUAGUCCAUCUAGAAGAGGUGUACUUCAGGCUUGCGUUGUCACUUCUGGAUUGAUGUUCGCAGUAGGCUUGUUAAUUCGGCAGGGAUCUCAUCUUGUUGUCAAAGAAGGAUGGCCAAUCUAUGACUGUUUUACACUAGUAUCAUUUGAUUUCGAGACCUGGCAUCUAGAGUUGAUAGCUGGAUUAGUCAUACUUAUAUCAUCGGCUCGAUUCUUACUACUCAAAACCUGGCCUAAUUUUGCCGAAUCUAGUGAAGCAUCCAAUCAAAUGGUCCUCAGUCAGCUUGAACCUUUGGAUUACAUCCUCGUAGCAUGUCUGCCUGGGCUUAGUGAGGAGUUGCUUUUCCGUGGUGCAUUGAUGCCACUCUUUGGACUCGACUGGAAGAGUGUUCUCGUGGUUGCUGCCAUGUUUGGUGUUUUGCAUUUGGGUAGUGGUCGAAAAUAUUCAUUUGCUAUCUGGGCAACAUUUGUAGGCUUGGCUUAUGGUUAUGCAACAAUUAUAUCUUCGAGCAUCAUUGUGCCAAUGACUUCUCAUGCGCUGAACAAUCUUGUGGGAACUAUUUUAUGGCGAUAUAUAUCUGAUACCUCGGAACAAGGAUUGGAGUAGGUCUGACCUGUGAAUUGUAUAUAGGUUGCACCAGGAAAACUAGGACCUGCAAACCUGUCUGUAUUUGUAUUUUGGCUGAGCAAAUGUGGGCUCUUUUGUCCAAUAUAUCUUCAUGCCAUAAACACGUCAACCAGCUUAUGUAUAUCCAAUUGUUGAUUAUCUUACAUCAAUACAAAUUAUUUUUCAAUCUAAAAGAA